UUGGGACCUUCUGGCUCGGGUCGAGUAGCAGACCUACAUGAUAUUCUGUACCAUGGUAAAGCACAGUACUGUUUUUUAUUGUCUAUCCUGAUCUACUCAUAGACGGGCACAGCCCUAAAAUGAUCACCCCAUCCCGAACCGCAAAACCAGCCAUCCAUCGCUCCUCUGUCCCAUCUUCAUUCCCCAUCAUGUCAUCAUUGCGCACUUAAUGCUUGUUGUCACGGCGACUGGGCUUGUCCGGUUCCUCUCGGUUUCACCUGUUCUGGCUCAUCAGACGCUGACACGGAAAUGCUGGCAGCUAACCACCCGUACCUGAUGGUGUGUGUUAGCGCUGGAGCUCGGGGCUCACGUGGUGUGCCUUUGCUGUCACAUCAAACAUGGGCUGUAAGUUGCAGAAGCCCCGAGGGUCAGAUGAAGCUCCGGGGAAGAUUUUCUCCACCCUCAGAAGAGCGCAAGUGGAGACGCACUCAGGAGUGGCCUAUACAUACCACUUCCUGGACUUUCUGUUAGGAAAAGAAGAGGUGGCAGUGUCCUCAUUGCUGUGUCUGUCGUCAGUCAGAGAGCUUCCGGUGCAGGUGUGUGAGUUGUAUCAGAAGGGGUUUGUACUGGCUGCUGUCCAUCCCUUUGUUCACUCCUGCGGCCCUGCUAGUGCUAACCUUCAGAAGCAGUUACACCGGGCUGUGCUCAUCAGAGAAACACACAGUGGUUCUAACAGUGGCAUGCUGAACUGGGUUGAGCCUCAUCUCAUGACAGACGUGUGUUACCUCGGUCACCAGGACCCUGACCCAGAAGUCAUACAGGGCUAUGUGAAAAAGGUGCAGGAUUUGGCUGAUCAGGGUGAUCUCUUUGUGGGGUUUUUGCCACAGCCCGGUGGAGGUCCAUAUUUCCAUGGUCACUGGGAACCAGAAGAUCUUUCCUCCUUGCACUCCAGUCCCUGUUCUGUUCAUCACAGCAGCCGACCUCUGACCCUCAGCCCUGCGAGCGAGCAGAGCCAACAGGAUAGAGACAAUGGGGAUCAACGAAACCAGAGUCGUACAAACUUUAAUUCAGACAAUGAAGACUUUAUGAACCACAGCUUUCAAAUACAAAGCACUGAGAGCAGCCAGUGCUGGAAUAAUCAGAAUCCUUUUGCCGAGAACCAUCAGUCUCCUGAUUAUCAGUACUUAAAUGUUGAAGGUAAAGGUACGCAAGCGGAGGAUUUGAAGAACCAAAUGCCAUCAAAUGAGUUUAUAUUAAGCUCUUGUGCACCAGAGCCACAUCAGACCCAGAGCACAAGAAUACAGCCUGACUUACCCAGCUGUGAUUUGGCAGAAAACAACAAAAGAGAGCACAGAGAGCAGGUCAAAAGCCAAGACAAACACAGCAAGCGUAGCGGAACCACCCCGAUGCUGAAUCGUGUGCAGGUCUUCGCGCUGUACAACCAUACCAUAGUUCUGUCGGGAUCGCCAAAGAUCUUUUCUCUGAGGGUUCCACUGCAGGUGCACAGGGAGGCGGGGCUUGUUAGCUCAGUUGACUCCCAUUGGCUGGACCACAUGACGCAACACUUCAGAAGUGGCGCGCAACUCAUUGACGGCUACUUUAACCUUGAAGAUGAUGCAGCAUCAUCUUCCAUUGUGGAGAGUGUUUUUAUCUUCCAAAGUGCUUCAGGUGAUGCCGGGCCAACCACAGUGUAUGACGCCAUUGUAGUUGAGCAAUGGACUGUUAUUGAUGGUGUUGCGGUGAAAACAGACUACAUCCCUCUGCUCCAGUCUCUGGCUCCAUACGGCUGGAGACUAAUGUGUGUUCUGCCCACUCCCAUCGUCAAAAUGAAAAGUGAUGGAAGUUUGGCCACAAAACAGAUCCUCUUCCUCCAGAGACCCACGCUGCCUCGCAAGAGGAGAGACUUGACGAAACUGCACCUCAGAGGUCAAAACAAAAGGAACUUAAAUAAUAAAAGGACACCAGAGAAGGAGAUAUCACCGCUGGCAACAAUUGAGAGAGAAAUGGAACGAAUGGAGAGAGAAAACACAAGUCUGAUGAGACAACGUGAAAUUAUCCAGAAGGAAAAUGGGCAGAAUUUGCCAGAAAGCCCAGAGAGGAGAGAUCAAGCGGAAAGGACGGUGGAAUUCCACAUGCAGAGGAUCGACAUCCCAAACAUCAGCCCAGCAAAAACGGAUGGAAUUACAAACGGCAAUCAGGAAUUAAAGCGCACAAUUACGUGUGGUAAACAUGAGGACGUGCGAGCAGUUGUAACAGAGAGGGCUUUAUUCUCUGGAGUGUGCUGACAGUAUUCAUUU